AUGUCUAGAAUCGACAAGCUAUCAAUCUCAGGUGUACGAUCCUUCAGUCCCUCAGUUCGGGAGGCAAUCCAGUUCAACACCCCUCUGACUCUCAUUGUCGGUUACAAUGGAUCCGGCAAGACAACAAUUAUUGAAUGCCUAAAGUAUGCUACGACUGGCGAGCUGCCGCCCAACAGCAAGGGCGGCGCUUUCAUCCAUGACCCAAAGCUAUGCGGCGAGAAAGAAGUUAUGGCCCAAGUGAAACUCCAAUUCCGAUCGAUCAACGACCGCCAGCAUGUUGCCACUCGAAGUCUGCAGCUUACCGUAAAGAAAACUACACGUUCACAAAAAACUCUAGAUUGUUCACUGGUCGUAGUUAACAAUGGAGAACGAACAACGACUUCGACCCGACAAGCUCAGCUUGACGAGAUGAUACCUGAGCGUCUUGGUGUCUCUCCUGCAAUUCUUGACGCCGUCAUCUUCUGCCAUCAAGACGAAUCUCUUUGGCCGUUGAGUGAACCAGCUGCCUUGAAAAAACGCUUUGAUGAGAUCUUCGAGGCGAUGAAAUACACCAAAGCCAUUGACAAUCUCAAAGUGCUGCGGAAAAAACAGGUCGAGCAGCUUGGCAAGCUUCAAAACGACGAAGCCCACAACAAAGUGAACAAGGAUCGAGGCGACCGAGCUGAAAAGAGGAUGAAAGCCCUGCAGGCUGAAAUAGAGGGAGCUCGGGAGACAUGCGAGUCUAUCAGCGCCGAAAUGGAGGAGACACAGGAAAAGAUCCGGAACACUCGAGAAACUGCCAACAGUCAUCUUGCGAUUGUGCAAAACCUCAACACCAAGCGUGAGCAGCUUGAGUACAGAGAAGAGGCCGUCAAGGAACUGAAAACCACUAUCGAGGAACUUCCCGAUGACGAUAGCAAAUUGGAAGGCGACCUUGCACAUUACGAAGACCGCAUGCAACAUCUCCAGGAUGAGGCCGAUCAAAACAAAGCCCAGUAUAAUGAUUUACAGAAGGAGUUGGGCCAAUCACGAAAGGAGCUGUCUACUAAGCUUUCUGAACAAGGCAAGCACCAGUCUGAUAAAGACAAGUACGAACGUCAAUUGAAGAUACGCAUGGAGACGAUUCAAGAAGCUGCCCAGUCCUAUGGCUUCUCAGGCUUCGAUGGUGAAUUGACAGAUCACCAUGUCAAAACCUUUAAUGACCGGCUUCAAAAGCUUCUUGGCGAGAAGAAGCGAGACCUGGAGCGUUUGCAAAAGGAGAACUCGGUUGAGCUAGAUCGAGCCACUGGUGUCAUUACCGAGCUUGAAGGUCGUAAGGCCGCGCGCACUCAAGAUCGCGUGUCCGCUAAACAACGGAUGAGUGCCAUCGAGAAACGCACUUCAGUGCUUCAGAACGAGGCGAGCCAAAUAGACGUGGACGAAGGUGCGAAGGCUGUACUUGAUGGGCAAAUGCAAGAUCUUGAGGGCAGGUUCCAAACCGCUCAGAAGACCUUUGAGACCGCAGAUUGGGAUCGCCAACUCUCCGAUGAGAACGACAAGUUGCACCAGCUUGAGAGCGAGAAUGACAAGCUGGGUAGGGAGCUUGUCGAGUGCACUCGUUUGGCGUCUGAGAGGGCCCAACUCGACUACAGGAAGAAGGAACUUGCUGAUCGCAAGCGUAAACUUGAUACUUUGACAAGUACGUGGAAGCCAAAGCUUGAUAAGAUGCUCGGCAGCGACUGGCAGCCGGAGACGCUCGAUACCAAAUUCCACUCGCUGGUUAAGGACCAGAACAAGGUCGUCGCUGAGGCCCAGAGACGUCGCGACCAAAUACGCAUCAAACAACAGAAAGUUGAAUUUCGGUUGAGAACUGCCAAGGAAUCGCAGGAUAAGAAAAGCAAGGAAGCAGGAGCUUGUCAACAGCGAGUGAUUGAUGCCCUACUCACAGUCCGCGAUAAUGCGCUCGUCGAAGACUACAAGGAGGAAAUUGAGGCCGCCGAAUCUCAAGUCGAGGAGCUCAGAAACGACCUCAGUCUUUUUGACGCCCUUGUGGACUAUUACACCAAAUGCAAGCGCCUUCUUGAUACCAAGCGAAAAUGUUUACUUUGCGAUCGUCACUUUGACGAAAACCAAGCUGCAAGCAUGGAACGCUUGGGGAAGAGAAUUGAAAAGCACCUUGAUCCCAAAGGUAAAGUCGAUACCGAGAAGGACCUCAAGGAGGCGGUCGCAAGCUUGGAGAAACUGAGAUCUGUGCGGCCAUCCUAUGAAACGUAUGAGAGAUUGACUGCCGAACUGCCUUCUCUCCGCGAAGAGUGCAAGGGCGCCGAGACGGAAUUCGAUACCCUCGAAAGACAACUGGAGGAGCAAGGAGCUGUCGUGUCAGCCGAGGAAGAGAAGCACAAAGAUUUGGAAGACAUGUCAAAGACAGUUCUGAACAUUGUCCAAACGGUGAAAGACAUUGGAGAAUCGGAAAACCAGGUUGACCGCAUUAUGUCGCAGCAAAUGUCUGGCGGGGUCACUCGAAGCCCUGAUGAAAUUCACGAGCUUCAAGCUGGCCUAUCUGAUCAGAUGAGGAGCUUGAAGAACCGCAUCUCCAAGUUGAGUACGGAUCGUCAGCGGACGAAAGAUCAGCUCAACUCGCUCGAACUAGAAAAGAGCGAGUUGAGAAACAAGAUCAGCCGAGCAGCAGGCCAGUUGGACAAGAAACAGGACCUCCAGAACCAGAUCCAAGCACUGAAAGAAGAGGUCUCACACCAGCGAGACGUCAUUCAACGUGCUGAUGAGGAAUUGGAGACCAUUGAGCCCAGCAUAGCUGAGGCGCGCUCCGCCCGUGAUGAAGUUCUACGACGAGGCCGGGCCAAAGAGCAAGUGAUUGCUGAGGCUCGCGAUACUGUCGCCAAUUCUGUCAAUGAGAUGAAGAUGAUGGACACCGACAUCCAAGAUUACAUCGACCGCGGUGGGCCAGCUAAUCUUGCAUCUAAUCAACGAGCUAUUGCUACCCUCGAGAAAACGAUCUCUAGCACUGAAAAGGAGGUUACAGACUUGACAGUUCGUACGAACAAGCUGAAGCAGGACAUUGACAACGGAGAUCGCAAGAAGAAGAAUAUUAGAGAUAACCUCAAUUAUCGUAAGAAUCUCCGGACUAUUGACGUUAUCCGUCAGGAGAUAUUGGACCUGGAGGAUCGCAAUGCGGACGAAGACUACGAGCGCCUCCAGGCUGAAGCUCGAAUGCAAGAAAACCACUACAACCGCCUUCUUGCUGAGCGUGGCUCAGUUAUGGGCACAAUGAAAACCAAGGAUGAGGAGCUUGGCAGACUGCUUCAGGAGUGGGAGAUGGAUUACAAGGAUGCCAAAAGAAAGUAUCGGGAGUCGCACAUUCGCGUGGAAACAACCAAAGCUGCUAUUGAGGAUCUGGCUCAAUGUAGCUCGGCUGUUGAUAAAGCUGUCAUGCAGUUUCACUCGAUGAAGAUGGCGGAGAUCAAUCGAAUUGCUGGUGAAUUGUGGCAGAGCACCUACCAAGGAACAGACAUCGACACAAUCCUCAUCCGCUCGGACAACGAGUCAAACACAGGCAAGCGCAAUUACAACUACCGGCUCUGUAUGGUGAAACAAGACACGGAGAUGGACAUGCGUGGUCGAUGUUCUGCCGGACAGAAAGUUCUCGCCUCCAUCAUCAUUCGUUUGGCUCUGGCAGAGUCGUUUGGCGUCAACUGUGGACUGAUUGCACUUGAUGAGCCCACGACAAACCUGGAUCGCGACAACAUCAAGAGUCUGGCAGAGAGCUUGCAUAUGAUUAUCAAGGCCCGCCAGGCUCAGAGCAACUUCCAACUGAUUGUGAUUACUCACGACGAGGACUUCUUGCGACAUAUGAGGUGUAGCGAUUUCUGCGACAGUUUCUUUAGAGUCAAGCGUGACGAGCGACAAAACAGUGUGAUUUCACGGGAAAGCAUCACGAAGAUAUUUUAG